AGAUAGGGUGUUUUGUGUAGUCAAUGUAUUGGGAUAUAAUGAAGCUAAGACCAUCGGAAAUAUUCUUUUCACAGGACUCUGUUUCAAACAAAUGGGGUGAUCAAACACCUAGCAGAUUAAAAUUUAUAGGGGACACGUUAGAUGAACUGUUAACUGAAUCAAUUUCGUUAAAGGACAUUCCAACUAUUUCCACUGUAAUUAAAUAUGGAAAGCUUUACACAGCUGACAAUCGGAGACUGUGGGUAUUUCGAAAAGCUGAGGAAUUGGGAUUUUUAUAUGAAAUCGAAGUUAAUCAAGGUACACAGCGUAAUUUUAAAGCUAACAAAAAGACGAAAUUUACAACGAAGAAUGAUGGAAUUUCGAUAAGGAUUCGAGGAUCUGGAGACCCCGGAGGUAAGACAUGGAGAACAUGGAAACCAAACACAUUUCAGAAAGUAAAUGAAAAUACAGUAAGCAAAUCUGCAUCACAUGCCAGUGGAAUUUAUGCUAAUGAAAGAAGGACGAAUGUUAUUCAAGAUUCUUUCUUUAACAAAACAAUUACCGAGGCUCAACAUCCAAGUACAUACAAAUCAUCAUAUAGUAAUUACUAUUAUUCCAGGCCUAGUUAUCGUUGUGAUAAUGCUCAUUCUAGCAACUGUGAAUCUCCAGUAUCCGAUAAAACAAUUCAGCUUUCAAAUAUAAUAAGAUCAAAAGCUGAAGAAGAGGCAACACGAUGUAGCAAAUAUUCUCUUGAGUCAACCACAGAGAAAACUUCAUUACAUGUCGACGAAUCGCCUGUAAAUCAAAGUAGGACGAAUGUUAGUCCAUGUUCCGUCUUUAACAAAAGAGUAUCCGAGGCUCAACAUCCAAGUAGACACAAAUCAUCAUACAGAGAUAAUCCUGAUGUUUUGUGUUAUAAUGAGUUUUCAGGAAAUUGUGGCUCUCCAGUAUCCGACAAAGAAAUUCACUAUUCAAGAAUAAAGAGACCAACAGCUGAAGAAGAGCUUACACAAGGAAGUAAAUCUUCCCUCGAGUCAACAUUAAGUAAAACUUCGUUACAUGCACAAGGACCUUUAGGUAAUCAAAGUAGGACAAAUGUUAAUAAAGAUUCCUUCUGUAACAUAACAGUUACAGAAGCUCAACAACCAAGUACAUACAAAAUAUCAUACAGUAAAUACAACUCUGCCAAGCCUGAGCUUUGGAGUGAUAAAGGUUUUGCUAGCAACAGUGAAUCUCCUAUAUCCGACAAAGAAAUUCACAGUUCAAAUAUAAAAAGAUCAACAUAUGAAAAAGAACCAGCACUUAGAAGUAAAUCAUCUUUGUGGUCAAGCAAUAGAAAAACUUCGUUACGUGUCCAAGUAGCUCUGAUAAAUCAAAGUAGGACGAAUGUUAAUCAAGAUUCCUUCGACAACCAAACAAUCACCGAGGCUCAACAUCCAAGUACAUACAAAUCUUCAUAUAGUGAUAAUAUUACUACAAAGCUUGAUGGUCGGUGUUAUAAUGAUUUAUUGGGCAACUGUGAAUCUCAAGUAUCCGACAAAGAAAUCCACCGUUCAAGUAUGAAAAGAUCAACAGCUGAAAAAGAGCUAACACUUAAAAGUAAAUCUUCUCUCGAGUCAACAUUGAGAAAAACUUCGUUGGAUGUCCAAGGACCUCUUGGUUAUCCAAGAAGGACGGAUGUAAAUCAAGAUUCCUUCGGAAACAAAACAGUUAUCGGAGCUCAAAAUGCUAGUACAUACAACUCAUCAUAUAGUGAUGAUAUUUCUACAAAGCCUCAUGUUCGGUGUUAUAAUGAUUAUUUGGGCAACUUUGAAUCUCCAGUAUCCCCUACAGAAAUCCACCGUUUAUGUAUAAAAAGAUCAGCAGCUGAAAAAGAGCCAACACUUACAAGUAAAUCUUCUGUCGUGUCAACAUUAAGAAAAACUUCGCUGCGUGUCCAAGGACCUCUUGGUUAUCGAAGUAGGACGGAUAUAAAUCAAGAUUCCAUCUGUAACGAACCAGUAACCGAGACUCAAAUUCCAAUUAAAAACAAAUCAUCACAUAGUGAUAAUAUUUUGACAAAACCUGAUAUUCAGUGUUAUAAUGAUUUUUUGGGCAACUGUGAAUAUCAAGUAUCCGACAAAGAAAUCCACCGUUCAAGUAUGAAAAGAUCAACAGCUGAAAAAGAGCCAACACUUAAAAGUAAAUCUUCUCUCGGGUCAACACUAAGGCAAACUUCGCUGGAUGUUCAAGGACCUCAGGGUUAUCGAAGUAGGACGGACUUAAAUCAAGAUUCCAUCUGUAACGAACCAGUUGCCGAGACUCAAAUUCUAAUUAGAAACAAAUCAUCAUAUAGUGAUAAUAUUUCUACAAAACCUGAUGUUCAGUGUUAUAAUGAUUUUGUGGGCAACUGUGAAUCUCAAGUAUCCCCAAAAGAAAUCCACCGUUCAAGUAUGAAAAGAUCAACAGCUGAAAAAGAUCCAACACUUAAAAGUAAAUCUUCACUCGGGUCAACAUUAAGAAAAACUUCGCUGGAUGUCCAAGGGCCUCUUGGUUAUCGAAGUAGGACGGACAUAAAUCAAGAUUCCAUCUGUAGCGAACCAGUUGCCGAGACUCAAAUUCCAAUUAGAAACAAAUCAUCAUAUAGUGAUAAUAUUUCUACAAAGCCUCAUGUUCAGUGUGAUAAUGAUUAUUUAGGUAACUAUGAAUCUCAAGUAUCCCCUAAAUAAAUCCACCGUUCAAGUAUAAAAAGAUCAACAGCUGAAAAAGGGCCAACACUUAAAAGUAAAUUUUCUCUCGGGUCAACAUUAAGAAAAACUUCGUUACGUGUCGACGAAUCGCCUGUAAAUCAAAGUAGGACGAAUGUUAGUCCAUCUUCCGUCUUUAACAAAAACGUAUCCGAGGCUCAACAUCCAAGUAGACACAAAUCAUCAUACAGAGAUAAUCCUGAUGUUUUGUGUUAUAAUGAGUUUUCAGGAAAUUGUGGCUCUCCAGUAUCCGACAAAGAAAUUCACUAUUCAAGUAUAAAGAGACCAACAGCUGAAGAAGAGCUUACACAAGGAAGUAAAUCUUCCCUCGAGUCAACAUUAAGUAAAACCUCGUUACAUGCACAUGGACCUUUUGGUAAUCAAAGUAGGACAAAUGUUAAUAAAGAUUCCUUCUGUAACAAAACAGUAACAGAAGCUCAACAACCAAGUACAUACAAAAUAUCAUACAGUAAAUACAACUCUGCCAAGCCUGAGCUUUGGAGUGAUAAAGGUUUUGCUAGCAACAGUGAAUCUCCUAUAUCCGACAAAGAAAUUCACAGUUCAAAUAUAAAAAGAUCAACAUAUGAAGAAGAACCAGCACUUAGAAGUAAAUCAUCUUUGUGGUCAAGCAAUAGAAAAACUUCGUUACGUGUCCAAGGAGCUCUGAUAAAUCAAAGUAGGACGAAUGUUAAUCAAGAUUCCUUCGACAACCAAACAAUCACCGAGGCUCAACAUCCACGUACAUACAAAUUAUCAUAUAGUGAUAAUAUUACUACAAAGCGUCAUGUUUGGUGUGAUGAUGAUGAUUGUUUCGGCAACUGUGAAUUUACAGUAUCCCCUAAAGAAAUUCAGCGUUCAAGUAUAAAAAGAUCAACAGCUGAAAAAGAACCAACAUUUAAAAGUAAAUCUUCUCUCGAGUCAACAUUAAGAACAACUUCGCUGGAUGUCCAAGGACCUCUUGGUUAUCGAAGUAGGACGAAUGUUAAUCAAGAUUCCUUCGGCAUCAAAACAGUUGCCGAGGCUCAAAAUACUAGUACAUACAAAUCAUCAUAUAGUGAUAAUAUUACUACAGAGCCUGAUGUUUGGUGUUAUAAUGAUUUUUCGGGCAACUGUGAAUCUCAAAUAUCCGACAAAGAAAUCCACCGUUCAAGUAUAAAAAGAUCAAGAGCUGAAAAAGAGCCAACACUUUAAAGUAAAUCUUCUUUCGAGUCAGCCUUUGGCAAAACUUCUUUACGUGUUCCAAGUCCUCUUGUUAAUCAAAGUAGUACGUAUGUUAAUCAGGAUUCCUUCUGUAAAGAAACAGUAACCGUGGCGCAUCCAAGUAUAUACAAACUAUCAUACAGACAUUACGAUUCUCAAAAGCAUGAUGUUUGUUGUGAUAAUGAUUUUUCGAGCAACAUCAAAUCUUCAGUAUCCGACAAAGAAAUUCACCGUUCAAAUUUAAAAACAGCUGAAGAAACUCCAACACUAAGAAGUAAAUCUUAUUUUGAUUCAACCUUACAAUAAACGUUGUUACGUGUCAAAAGACCUCUUGUUAAUCAAAGUAGGACAAAUGUUAAUCAAGAUUCAUUCGACAACAAAACAGUUACCGAGGCUCAACAUCCAAGUACAUACAAAUCAGCAUAUAGUGAUUAUAUAACUACAAAGCCUCAUACUCGAUGUAAUAAUGUUUUUUCUGGCAACUGAGAAUUUCCAGUAUCCGCCUAAAAAAUCCACCGUUCAAGUAUAAAAGGAUCAACUGCUGAAAAGAGCCAACACUAGGAAGUAAAUCUUCUUUCGACUCUCCAUUAAGAAGAAACUUCCUUAUGUGUUCAAAGACCUCUUGUAAAUCAAAGUGCAACAAAUGUUAAUAAAGAUUCCUUUUGUAACAAAACAGGUACCGAGGCUCAACAUCCAAGUACAUACAAAUCAUCAUGUAUUGAUUACAUUUCUGCAAAACCUGAUGUUCAGUGUGAAAAUGCUUUUUCGAAUACGUGUUUAAAAACCUCCUGAAAAUAAUAGAAGUAUACAGGUUAUUAAAGAUUCUCUUCAUAACAAAAUAGCCGGUGUGGCUUACCGUUCAAAUGUAUAACAAUUCGCUAAAGCCAAGUUUUUCGAACAACUCAAAAUUCGCAGUAGCCAAUAAAGAAAUUAGGCUAACAAUAGAAAAACAAAGGAUAUGGGGUAUCCAUCCAUUACAUAAAAUCAGUACAUGUACAGCACAUGAUUAGAUCAAAAAUUGAGGAAGAGGCAAACAUUGUUAGUAGAUAUUCACUCGAAUAAAAUAUAAAACUGAUCAUGCAUUACUAGCUAUUUCAAGUAAAAAUGAAAACUUAAAUCAUAAAAGUUUAUGGUAAACUUCCAAGCCAUACUUGUAUGAACCAAGCGAACAAAAUUCUUACAAAGAAUUUGACCAAGUUCAACACAAAAGAAAAUAGCAACAGGCGACAGUACUGGUAGGAGAGACAGCAAACAUUCGAACGAGAUAGUUAGAUAUUUACUUUUAACAAAGGACGGGAUAAUACCAAGGGAGCAAUAAAACAAACGUUGAAGAAAAAAAAAAUGACUAAAAGAACAAGUGUCCACAAAGUACUACAUAGAAAACUAAAGAUUGAGCAAGACGGGGAUUAACUCACCAUUUCUAAUUUCAUCUGUAAGUUAUUUGAGAAAUCCCAAAAUAAAAUGAAUUUGAGAUGGACGACCGUACCUUCAUCAUGCGUCUGCAAAAAUGAAAAUGUAUAUUUUUUAGUGUUUAUAUGUUUUGGCACCAUAUUUCUAUAGAACUUAUAAACACACGAAGAAUCAGUGCAUUAAAUGUAUUUCAAGAUAUCUACAAGUCAUCAUUAAGCCAUAACUAUUUUUGAAAGUCCUACUAUUUGUGGGUUGAUGACUUUUUGAGCAAUAUGGAUUUUCCAGUAUGCAAAAAAUGAAGAUUCAUAUAUGAUUAAAUCAAAAUCUAAAAACGCUGCAAAUGUGAAAAGCUGCAAAUAGUGCAACAAAUCUUCUGUAUAGGUGAACACGGACCAAUCAAGAAUUGAUUUACAAAAUGAAAACAAUAACCAAAACCGUUCAAGUUUUUGUAUCGUCUCCUAAGUCUUCCCACUUUUAUUCACAUAAAAAAACGAAAAUCGUACAAUGGAUGUACCAGGAAACAAGGAGGAAUUAGAACUGUUUGACCAACGAUAGCCCACUGCACUAUGGAUACUUUAUUGACGGAUGUAACAAUAUAAGGAAGAAUGUAACUACUUUUAUAAAUAUUCAGCAGAAUUAGAAGAGGAAUUGAAACAGUCAGUAUUCGAAUUUCAACUAGGACUAUUGGAAUAAUUCACCCAGCAUGAACUUGAAGAUGUGUCUCAGAUACUGCAAACUACAUUGUACAAUGGAACAACUUUAUAAACUUAGAAUAUAGGUGUUUUGUUUAGUUAUGGUGUAAUUAAGGUAAAACGUAUAGAGCAGCAAAAAUAACAAUUUCGUUAUAUAAUCGUGAUUACUAUUUGAUCAUGUGAAUAUCGUAAGAGUAAAUUCUAUAGAAAAACAAAUAUCUUUUGUUUAUUCAAGCAACAGGUUGUGCAGCGUAUUUGUAAACUCAACAAGGCUACCAGGCUGAUAGUAUGAUAAGCUUUUUUUUUUAAUUUUGUAAAAACUGUUUCAUUACUCCUAACAAAAAAAUUAUCAUAUCUCAAUUUACCUGUGUACGUUAUUUUAUUUAACGCUAUUUUGUCCCAGGUUAGAGUUGUCUUUUUGACACUGUUGCUACAUCUUUUUUUUUAUUAAUAUUGUAUUUAUAUUGUGUCAUAGAUCAAACUUAUUUGUUCAGUG